AUGAAGCCUUCGGCCGAUAAGGCCAACACUGCUCGCGAAAUAAUCCACUUGGAAGGAAAGAACUACCGAAAUGAAAUAGAGAUAGUGAGACAGUCUCCGGCCAUCUCCUUCACCAUUCACGACUCAGUCUUUGUCACAGCAACUAAGCCCAAGCAAGUCAAAAUCUCCUUGCGCGACUGCGUUCUACGCCUGCGCUUAGCGGUCACGCGAGUUCGUUUCUAUGGUGAUCAGAUCCAAGAUGUCCUCCCACAGGUGAAUAAGACCAAUCCACUCUUCACUCAUCUUCAGGGCGAUAUGCCAGUAGUUAGUUUCUACCUCCCAGUCGUAAAGCCUGGCUACUCAAGACAGCUGGUGGGGAUUGGACACAAUGGCUCGGUGAAUGUUUCGAAGGAAUUCAAAAAUUCUCAAGUGGGUGACAGUGACUAUGUGUUCCUCAACCCAGGGUAUGAUAUCUACGGUUUCCAAUAUGUUCGUGACAGCGAUGGUCGUAGGUCACCUGUCGGUGCCAAGUUCUCAUUGGAGGUGAAGGAGUUGAAUCCAGCUUUCACUGAUCAUACUGGCACACUGGUUAGCUUCCACCUACCAGCUGUAAAGCCUGGCUACACAAGACAGCUGGUGGAGAUUGGACAACCGGGCGCGGUGGAUGUUUCGAUGAGAUGGAAUUCUGAAGGGCCGGAUGACACCAGCGACUAUGUGAAACAAACCCCAGGCUAUCAUGUCUACGGUUUCCAAUACGUUCAUGUCAGCACUGGUUGGAGGUCACCCAUCGGUGCCAAGUUCUCAGUAGGUACUCCCCCUGAUGCUACUGUCGCACAACAAACUCCAGUUCCUACACCAGAAGGGAAGUGUGGCGUCGUCCCAACUAUCGAUCUCGGAGAGUAUCGAGUAGUCGAUGCAGGUGUUGGAAACGUAGCUACUUAUCACUGUAGCCCAGGCUAUCACAUGAUAGGAUCUGGUCUGGUGAUCUGCCAAGAAAAUGGACAAUGGUCUGAAGCCCCUUCAUGUUAUUCCUAUUGCCAACCAUUGCGUAUCCCUAAUGGUCGUAUUGAAGAGAUUGGUCAUAAUGGCAGUUCUCUUCCUCUUGCCGAAGUUGAACCAAUAUGUGAGCCAGGUUUUGAUAGUGUGGGUAAAGCGACUUGCUCGGGAGAGCGGGUAGGAUGGGAAUAUGAAACACCAUUGUGUGAUACCUGGAAAAAUGCCCGGUUCCUUUCUGCCAGAGACUCGCCUGACUCCCGAUUCCCGGCCAACACCGUCAACUAUGCAUUCAAACGUGUCCCCGCCCACAUUUGUCAGCAAUCAACAAUACCUUGA